GCCCCAGGCCGGAACCGCCGUGCUGCAUAACGGCGCAGUGACGGGGCAGCCCGGCCGGCCGGCGGCCGCCGCGCAUGCGCAGAGGCAGCGUCGCCUCUUCUGUUCCGUCUGUCACCUCACGGUCGGUGCCGCCGCGCCCGGGAGCUGCGGCGGGCCCGGCACUUAGAGCCGCCAUUCCCCUCCGCUUCCCGGCGGCCGGCGGGUGUUUGCCAGGGCUCCGGGUGUCGCCCGGCGGCCGCGCCCGCACCCCCAUGGAGGAGCCGCUGGCCCUGCACCCCGUGAAGCUCUAUGUGUACGACCUGUCCAAGGGCAUGGCCCGGCGCCUCAGCCCCCUCAUGCUGGGGAAACAGCUGGAUGGCAUCUGGCACACCUCCAUAAUAGUCCAUAAGGAUGAGUUCUUCUAUGGCAGUGGAGGAAUCUCCAGCUGUGCACCUGGAGGGACGCUUCUUGGCCCCCCAGACUCGGUUGUAGACCUGGGAAACACUGAAGUCACAGAAGAAAUUUUUCUGGAAUAUCUUUCCUCUUUGGGGGAAUCUAUGUUCCGAGGAGAGUCUUACAACCUCUUUGAACAUAACUGCAACACCUUCAGUAAUGAAGUGGCACAGUUCCUGACAGGGAGAAAAAUCCCUUCCUACAUCACUGACCUUCCAUCUGAAGUACUUGCCACACCUUUUGGACAAGCUUUAAGGCCUCUCCUGGACUCCAUCCAGAUCCAGCCACCCGGAGGAAAUACCUUCAGCAGACACAAUGGACAGAGCUAACAGGAGUGAUCCUGUAUGCCCAGCCUCACCAGGCCUCUUCCUUUUUAAACGUGAAUCUACCAGAUUUCUCUUUUAUAAUUUCCCAUCAGAAUUAACUCUACAGAAGUUACAGGAAAAGUUUUACAUUUUCCUAGGGUGAGGAUUUAUCAGGGUGCAUGUAAGACAAUGUUACCAAAAAGAUUGCCAUAAUUUCUUAUAGUAUUCUACUAACUUAUGAAGGCUGUCUUGCCCAAGUAGGCAGACACUUCCUAAGUAACUCCUGUGCUGGUAAGUGGGAAUUCGUUCCGUGAGCAUUCAAGGGCCCAUUACACAACUUGGAGUAAAUAAGGAAAUGUCUUAGUCAUCCCUUGCGGGCUUGCAUCUCUUUCUCCUGUCACUACCUAUGUUAUGGGGGUAUUUGCUGAAGUCUGUAGGAAGAAGACAAAGGAAGUAUUGGUAUCCUAGGAAGUGAAGGUGUCCCAGGAGUAGUCUUCUGCAUAUUUCAUUGGCGUUAUUUUAUUUGCUCAGGGGAAAAGCUGAACUGGUCUGAUUACAAUAUUUGCAGUGGCACAGCCAUGUGGGAAAGGUGAUCAAGCUGAACCGUUUGUCAGUGUCACACUGGAAAGCUGAAACUUUCAAUGGGAGUAGCUGUGUGUGGGAGGUAGGCUAGAACUGAAGGUUCCCGAGAGCCCCCUAACACUAGAUCCAGGAGUUAUGGGCAAGAACCAGCUGAAAAAACAGAAUCCCAUGAGCAGAAGUGGUGGAAACAGAUUUCAGGUGAAAGUAAAAUGAAAUUAAAUGUUUCCUUUUCUUGCAUGUAAGCUUAUCAGCAGAUAGACAGAACCUUGUUAACUAUUUACCUUUGCAUAAGAGCUGUUUGAUUUUUUUUGUUACCAAGCCAGAGUUUCAGAACAGUAAGAUAGGAAUAGCAUGGCAACUGCAUGAUGAUAUAAGGUGGAGUAAUUCUGCCUUGAGUAUCUAGUUGCAGACACAGCAGGAGUUCCAACUUUCUUUGAUACCGCUGCCCUUUUCAAAGCAGUCAAGCACAUCACAGAGGGGACUCUGCUUAAAUGUAAGAGAAAUAGGUGAUGGGUCUCCCCAAAUGUGAAGAAAAUGAGGAAGAGUAAAAUUAAGCUUUUCUGUGGGACAACUGAGUUUAUUGCGUUACACGCAGAGGCAGUCCUGUCCUUAGAUUGACAUUUGAUUGUAUCAAUACUGCAUCUUCUAGUUUGACUCUUACAGCUUUGCAAUUAUUUGCAGUGGAAAAAGAUCAGUGGAAUGAAAGAAUAGACACAUUGAUUUCUUUUCAUGCAUGCAUACACACUUUUCGUGAACAGUUUUGUAACAGUAACAUUUAGGAGGGAACAUAAGAGAAACCCCAAAACAUUGCUGAUGCUCCAUAAACAGGGAUUGCAUGUCCCAGAUGCUGCUGAAAAAGCAUCUAUGCAAAUGUACAGCCCUUUGUCUAGUGCUUUGUUGUGAAAAGUGUUGCUGCCAAGUUCCAUCUUGAAUCUCAGACUUCCAGCACUGGAAAUUUCCUGUAUACCUAAGGAGUAUAGAGGAGAUGUCUUUGCUGGGAUUUUUCUCUCGGAAUAAUACAGUUUGAUAAGUUUCUCACACUGUUACUCAGUGUGAACUAUAAUAGUUCAUAUUUUUGAGGUGGUGGAAAACUGCAGUCUGUCAAAUACUCUGUUGCCCUGCACCUUGUGGAGUCACUACACAAAUGGAAAUAGGCUGCUGUUUGGCAGUUUUGUGUGUACCUGCUCUCAGUGCACAGCAGUGGCUCUCGCAUCCCAGAUUGUUUUUUUUUCUUGUCAUUCUCUGCUCGUGCCACCAACUUCUCCUUAAACAUUUCAUUUGGUGGGCUGGACUUGGAGAAUUCUGUAGCGGUUAGUACAGAUGGGCUUAUACAACAGCUUUCAAUCUUACCCCAUCAAAAUGUCCUAUUUGCAGAAAGCAUUCUAUAAUAAAUCACUUAUGAAUGCCUUUUGGUGCUCCUGGAGGAAGAAUUGGUGGUUUUGUGCUAAGCCAUAGCUUAGUUUUCCUGUUUGUUAUGUAUAUCCUCUCCAGUCUUUUCCCACACCUAUUCUGUGAAGAAUAACCAGUCUCUCAUCUUAAUACACACACCACUGUGCCACAAAGUGCUGUAGCAUGUUAGAGAUCUUGGAGCUUCCUCAGUUGAACAGGUACACUCAAGCUGAUACAGUGCAACCCUAUGUCGAGGUGUGCUAGUUUGGUACCUGCAAACAGCACAGCUGCAAUUGCUUGUCUUUCAGCAAACUCUCACUUCAGGCACAGCUGUCUGUGGUGGAAGCGCUGGUGCCACAGUUUCUGCCCCAUGCUCUGGCACAAUGAGGAUAUUCCCUGUAUGUCCACUGCUUUAGAGGUCCUGAGUCGGGUUUCUGCUUGGCUGCCUACUUCAGGACUUCUUACCUCCUCUCAGGAGGCAGGAAAGAAAAGGAAAGACGUUCACCCCGUGCAUUUUGCAAUAUGCAUUUUACCCUCUUGAGCAGCCUCUUUGCAGAGAUAAUGCUGCUACUUCAAGGUCACUGGGUAAAAUUUCACGUGGCCAUAUACUGUUUGCAGCAGCCAUGGGGCUACUUGAGGGUCUGCUGGGCUUGGGACCUACUCUGUGUUUCGUGGCAAAGGAACUGUGGGAGGGAAUCCUGUUUGCUUGGUCUGACUGGGUAACGAGAGCCCUGUAGACCUCUUGGGAAACCCAUUUUCUCCAAAGGUGGUUAUGUGUAAAUUGCAGGACUGUGCCCCCAACAUUCCACCCAGCCCUACCUACACAUAGGAAUAUAAACUAGAGAAGUGUAUGUAAGUGUAUAUAGGUGAUGAACUUCAGCCAGCUGAUUGACAAAGGGGUGGGGAAACUGAACUCCUGAAAGGGAGCAGAACCCUUUUGCCCACACUUACUCUUCUGUCUUCUAUUGCUGGGGUUCCCCUGUGCCAUUUUAAAAAUGUUAAUAAUGUCUUUAUGGAAAAAGUGGUGUUUUGAUUUAUUUGUGGGGUUUUUUUUUUCUAUUACAAUAAAAAAAAAAUACAGCAA